AUGGUUUCGUUUUGGCCAUGGGGUAAGGAUAGUACCUCCCCGGCGUCCUUCGAGAGGGCGCUCUCCGCGCUCUCGGCCAAAAUCACAACAACGCAGACCCAGCUGGACCAAACCCGGACGAAAUCGAGACGCAUCAAGCUACUAUGCAUGCUCUACCUUGGCUUCGCAUACUUGGUGUACGCCAUCGUGCUUGUCUUGGUGGUUGGGUGGAGGAACAUGGGCCCUUGGGAAUGGACUGGCAUGGCUGGCGGGCCGGUGGUGAUCUCGCUCGUUCGCGCCAUAACGACUGUAUUUUUCGACUACCGGAUUGAGAGACUCAGCGCGCGACUCAAGGAGCACCAGACAGAGCGCGCUAAGACCAUCCAGAAGUUGAAGGAGGCGACCAAAUACGACUCUACCCUCGAGCUGCUGGAGAAGUACGGCGGGACCGACAACAAGCAAAAGAGGGGAAACAAGACGCUAGAGAAGGAGGAUGCUGCUGCUGCUGAGCGAGAGGAGGACCGGCCGAAGGGGAAGCACCUGGGGCUGCCACAGCGCACCAACAUGCCGCCACCGCCUACGGCGAACAUUCCACGGCCGCCUAUACCCGGGCCUGUCACCCCACAAUCCAGACCACACAGCAGACUCGGUACCCCGUUUCAACCGCCACCUGUCCAGGGUGGCAUGGACCCCUCCGCCGAGUUCGCGCCGAAUGCCUUUGACGAGAGGACGCCUCCCGCCUUUAUGCAGUACCCGCCAGCGGCGAUGGCUCCCCAGGCUGAGUCGCACUGGUACGACCGCAUCCUGGAUACCCUGCUCGGUGAGGACGAAACUGCGCCCAAGAACAGGAUUGUCCUGAUCUGCUCCAAGUGCAGGCUUGUGAACGGGCAAGCGCCACCCGGGACGAGGUCGCUGUCCGAGCUGGGGAUGUGGAAAUGCAUGGCCUGUGGGGCCACGAAUGGUGAGAUGGACGAGGGAAAGCGGCUUGUGCAGGAGGUCCUGGGAGGGCGCAGUGCCAGAAAGUCCGAGAGUACGGACGACAACGCGAGCAGGAGCUCGAGUGACCUUGUCGAAGUAGGCAAAGACAUACCGGAAGCCGAGCUCAAGGGACAACUCGGCUGA